GCUCAUAUUGAUUACAGUGAAUUGUUGACAUGAGUGAGCAUGUGUGGGAUUUGUUUAGUUUAAGAUUAUAUUACAUUAAUGGACGCGACAGUGAACACAUCCUCUUCAGCCACGGAAGCUGAGUGCAAAAGUAAAGACACCGCAACGCUGCCGUUAUCAGAAACCCGACUGGUUUGUAUUGAAUAUCCGGGUUUAGUGAAUAAUGUGGACAGAAUGCUGGAAACUAUUGGAGGAGAGCAGGGCCUGUCUAAGACGUAUGGAGACUCAUCCAAACGGCUGGAGCUGCGGUAUCGUCCCAAGGACCCUUACUGCCACCCUGUAUGUGGGAAUCGUUAUUCUUCCACCAACCUGCUUAUCCGAGUGAAGCGCAGAACAAACAGACGCACUGGGGAAUCUCAAGUCUUCAUGGAGAUCCUGGGGCUCAUAGACACCACAUAUAAAUUUCAAGGACUGGCAGAUUUUCAGUACCUGGCUAUGCACAGAGAAGCUGACGGAUCCCAGAUCUCUUUGUAUGACAAGAUCAUUUUGUGCAAACCUGAAAAGAAGGAGUUCUUCGACCAGCCUGUGCCGCUCUUCCUCCCUCCUCCCAUCUUCUCUCGUGUGGACAACCUUGUGGAUUACUACUACCGGCCCGACGUUGUACACAAGGAAGGAAACACGACACAGUUCAUCUCCAAAGAGAACCUGAUCGGUCCAAACCGAGCUCGAAGAUCCCACAAUGCCAUUUUUGUGAAUUUUGAAGACAAGACUGUACCCACUGAGCCGCUCGAGGCUGCGAAGACGAACUGGCAAAAAACUGCUAUGCACCACAGUGAUGUCCGGGCAGAGGAGGAAAUGAGGAAACUGUUUGAAAGACGGCCCAUAUGGUCCCGCAAUGCUGUCAAAGCCAACGUCAACGUUCACCCGGAGAAGCUGAAGCUCCUGCUUCCCUUUCUGGCUUAUUACAUGUUGACUGGGCCAUGGAGAAGCCUGUGGGUGAGGUUUGGUUAUGAUCCCCGUAAGCACCCAGAGGCCAAAAUCUACCAGGUUCUGGACUUCAGAAUCCGCUGUGGGAUGAGACAUGGACAUAGCUUCAAUGAUAUACCAGUAAAGGCUAAAAGAAGUGCCUACCAGUAUGCUCUUCCAACUACAGUCAACAAGGCAGCUCCUCAGGGAGCUAGUGUGAAGGACAUCGCCCAGGACGGUUCAUCAAGCUCCUUCUCCCCUUCAUCAAAAUACAUUCUUAAGGAUUCAGUUUACAUAUUCCGUGAGGGAAUGUUGCCACCCUACAGACAGAUGUUUUACCAGCUGUGCGAUCUGGAUGUAGAGAAAAUUAAAAGCAUCAUCCAUAAGAAUGACGGGAAGGAGGAAGUGUGUGACGAGCGUGACGGCUGGUGUUUGCCGCGGACUCCAGACGAGCUCAGAAACAUCAUCUCCUCCAUGAUCACGCAGGUGGCACGAGCUAAAAGACCUUCUCUGUCUUCCCCAAAGCUGAAGCCUGUCCGGGCUGGACGUAAAAUCGAAGAGAGUGACGAGGACGAAGAUGACGUUGACGAGGACGAUGAUGAUGAAGAUUACAAGCCUGAUGGGAGUGAGAAUGAAAUGGAGACAGAAAUGCUUGAUUACAUGUAAACUGUGGACUUUAAGUUGGCUGUUUUAAUAUGGAAAAUGUAUAUUUUAUAAAGGAAAAUAAAUGCCUUUUGCAAAAUAAUAA